AUGGAAACGCCCGCUGGCGAUGCGCACGGAAAGGGUUGCGGUGGGUCGAACGAGAGGCUUUGUCCGUCUCUAGCAGGCCGUUUCAGGCGCGCAGGCCAGGAACCGUGGGAGCGUGCAAACCCGUACACCUCGCAGGCAGGUAGCUAUAUAGAAUAUUGGACUCAGGGUCGAAGCCAGCACCGGGCAGAUGAGACGAAACGCAGGAGACUUGAUAUGUUAAACCGCGUAGUGCUACAGCGGCAGAUGCUAGGGCCCCUGCGCGGGCAUUGGAGGAGCAUGGGGGGCGGGCCGUCAGCCGAAGAGCUGCGGCGGCGGGCCAACAUGGGGGAGAUGCUGACAUACCUGCAGGAGAAGGUGCCGCUGCUGCUCAGCGAGACGAUUGAGGACGCACGCCUUGCGCCGGACGUGGUGCUGCGCUUGAUGCCGCUCAGCCGGCCGUACCUGCCGGAAUUCCACGGGCACGCGCAGUACAAGACGGUGUGGAAGGGUCUGCAGAUGGUGGUGAACACGUUUGUGGUGCGGCAGCCGUGUGCCAUAGGGGUACGCAACCUGCACGUAGACGAGGCGAACCGGCUGAUCCGCAUUUCGUGGGCCACCACGGAGGGCCCCGAGGGAGAGGCGGCCCCGAGCGCCCAGGCCGGCGGCACGGAUCACGAGGAGCUGCGCCGCCACCUGGGGCACCGGCUCGACGAGCAGUGGGUCCGCAGCCUGGCGCGCGGCACGCACGUCAAGACUCGCGUGGUCAGUGGUGUGUUUCUAUUCGAACUGGAUCCGACCAACGAGCGCAUCUGCAGCCACAUCGUUGAUAACGUCACCAUGAUCGACGAAACCGAGGAGGACCAGGGCGCAAAGAAGGGCGCCUUUGCUGUUUGA